CGAAUUUCUAAACUUGAGAUGCUUUGCAGUUUGAGUUGUUAUACGGCAUCACCAACAGAUUUCAAGUGAUUUGGCGGUAUAACUGUAAUCUCUGUUCUCAACUAUGACGAAGCUUGAGGAAUUGUAUGUGCCGGACGAUUUUGAUGUAGAGAUACAUCCUGGAUGGACUAGGUCAGAAAUUAUUGAUUUCAUGGGAGAAGCCGAUAAGUGUGCUGUUUUGUACUUGACAGCUCGGAAAGAUGAAAUGGAAAAGGUUGUGGCUCAGUUUCGAAUGACUGCCUUGAAUUCUAUUGCUCGACUACCAGAUGAAAUACUUAACAAGCCCUACUUUAACUGGCUUCAGCAGCAUCACGAAAAUACAGGAAAGGCUUUUCUCGACCUGGUAGUGUCUGAUGCAAAGAAACGCAGUCGGCUACAGUGGGAAGAUCGUGUGAGAACACUAACUCAGAAGAAGUUAUGCUCAAGACAGAAUACAAGCACAAGCACUACUGGGAGUGAAAAGGUCUCUAAUCCACGACCAUUCAAAUGGCCAUCUGUGCAAUCUAUUUCGGAAGAUGAUGAGGUUACAAAAAUAGCUGUUUGUGAUCGGGUAGCCCCAGAUUCAACACAGGUGCUGGCAGGUUGUGAAAAGAGACUGCCAAUCGCGUCUACUCCAAAAUUAACAGAACCUGGAGUAUUCGCCUCAUCGUCAACCAAUCGGACAAGCGGAUCACGAACUCUUGCCACUGGAUACGGAAACAAACGUGCCCUGCGUACGCACAAAAAUAACACUACUGUUACAUGUAGUACAACUGGCGAUACUUUGUCUAUCGCUGACAAGACAAUGAGGCCUCAUUCUGCUGGGAAAAUGUCCAAAGAGAUGCGAGAUAGAUUAUUGUCUAAGGUUGAUCAUAACGAUAUGCCGCUUUCGUCACUUGAAGCUGAUCAUCUGCGUCACCUUAUCAGAACUCUUCAAGCUGCACUAAACCGUAACGCUCGAUUGAAUAAAAAGCGUUAGUGGAACUUUAUUCAUUGGUACACCAACGGAUUAGCGAAAUAUUCUUUCAUUUCUAACUUUAUCUAUUCAAAUAAAUCUUGUAUCAUUGCAAAACAACUAA